AUGGCCGACAUACUAGAUAGAGGAGCAAAGCUCUUUGAUGGACCAGAAAGAGACUACAAUCAUGCAACAGACUCGCAAUAUCACAGCUUGCGCGCCAAGGCUGACGAAUUUUACAAGAAACGUAACAACUUAAGUCAACAAUCGCAAGCAGCUUACAAGGCUGGGGAUAAACAACGUGCACACGAACUAAGUGAGCAGCUGAAGCAGGCUCUCAAUCAGGCAGAGAACUAUAGUGAGCAAGCUGCCGAGUAUGUUUUUCGUGAAAAUAAUACAGACUCGGCUGCCGAUGAGAUUGACUUACAUGGAUUGUAUGUAAAGGAAGCCAAGUGGGUUGUACAAAGGCGUAUCGAGCAAGCAGUUCGAACCAACCAGAGUCAUUUGAAAGUAAUUGUGGGUAAGGGAAACCAUUCUGCCAAUGGUAUUGCCAAGUUGAAACCAGCCAUCGAAGAAUUGUGCAGUGAAAGUAACUUGAGGCAUUAUAUCGAUCCCAAAAAUACUGGUGUAUUGGUGAUUGACUUGAACAAUGCUAGUACUUCUCAAAUUCCCAAUUCAUGGGGGCAAGCACCUAUUACACAGCCACAACAAGCGUACCUUGGAAGUAACCAACCACACUACUCUAACCAACAACAACACCACCACGGCGGGCAGCCCCACCAUCAACAACCAAACAAUCAAGAUAUUAAAACAGGCAACGAAUUAUUCGAUCUACUUAUCAAAGGUCUUUGUAUGUGUCUUAACAAAAAAUAG